AUGGAUCCCAUCCUGGAGGAGGUCCUGAGUGGGGCCAACACUACUGGAGGCCCCUCCCUGAACCACAGCAACAACCCCCUGGAUGUGUUCUCUGGCAUGCAGCUGCUGCUGCGCUUCAAGCCCCUCUUCCUGCCCCUCUACUGCCUUCUGGUGGCCGUGGCCGGCAUAGGCAACUCCAUCCUGCUGGCCUGUAUCCUGGCUGACAAGAAGCUCCACAAUGCCACCAACUUCUUCAUCGGUAACUUGGCGGCCGGCGACCUGUUGAUGUGUCUGACCUGUGUCCCUCUAACUGCCUCGUACGCGUUCGACAGCCGCGGCUGGGCCUUUGGACGCCCUCUCUGCCACCUUGUGCCGCUGCUGCAGGCCGCUACCGUCUUCGCCUCGGUGCUGUCCCUCACGGCCAUCGCUGUGGACCGCUACGUGGUGGUGGCCCACCCAGUGAGGAGGAGGAUCUCUGUAGGGGGCUGUGGCGCGGUGGCUCUGGGUGUGUGGGGGUUGUCUCUGGCCCUGGCUGCCCCUCCCUCCCUCCACACGCGUUACCUUGACCUGAGGCCGCGCGGGGUGGAGCUGGUGGUGUGUGAGGAGUUCUGGCCGAGCUCUGGCCAGCUCAGGCUGCUCUACUCCUGCUGUAUCCUGAUAGCCUCCUACAUGAUCCCUCUGCUGUCAGUCAGCGUGUCCUACUGUGCCAUCACAGUGCACCUGAGACGCCACACGCUGCCCGGAGAGCCCUCACACUGCCAGCAGCGCUGGAGCCAGAGGAGGAGGAAAACCUUCUCUCUCCUGGUGGCCUCUGUGCUUGCCUUUGCCCUCUGCUGGCUGCCCCUGCAGGUGCUGAACCUGCUGCUGGACCUGGACCCAGACUACCACAUCGUGGACAAGCGCUAUGUCAAUGUGCUGCAGGUGUGCUGCCACCUGGUGGCCAUGAGCUCCGCCUGCUACAACCCCUUCAUCUACGCCUCCCUGCACAGUAAGGUCUGGCUGCACCUCAAGGGCUACCUGUGCCCUUACUGCCGCCAGGGGCCCCCAGGGGGCCAGCUCCUCUCCCGCUCCACCUCCCGGAACCCUGCCACCUGCCUCAGCCUGCUCUCUGAGGUCUCCGCCCCCGCCAAAGAGACCCCAGGGGCCGUCGGUCCUGAGUCCGACCCCACCAACGACAGCACCCUCUGA